GUUUUACUUUCUCACAUGUACAUGCAACCUGUGUAGGAGUGUCUCGAGAAUAGUGUAUUGGAGUUAGCCUAACUUUAAUAUUGUGAUAUUUUUUUAUUUCUCCUAGCUUACAUUCUUGAUCAUGUUUAUUUAUAGAAAUAAACAUAUAGUAAAACUUGAACUAUGAUGAAUGCUAAUGAUCAUACAUACGAUGAACCAGCUGAAGAGAAAGUAUACACACAACUUGCAUCCAUUUCUAAUGAUUAUCGAAAGUAUGAUGACUUAAAACGACCAGGCUCGCAUCACUCAUAUUUUGAACCUCAACCAGAUCCUAAACCACACCAUGUAUGCAAAGAUGAUAAAAUCAAAUUUUGGAAAGCAUUCACUACUGUUAUUAUCAUAGGAUUAGUAGCUGGGCUAACGUACAUUGUGAUUAAGUUUCACUAUAAUACAGAAGUAUGUAUUAAAGUUAAUGACAGCGGAAAUGAAGAUUUUCGGAUAUCAGAAACUAGGGCAAAAUGUCCAAAUGAUUGGCAAACUUUUGAUAAUUGGUGUUAUAAAGAAUUCCCAGAACGGCGAACAUGGUCUCAGGCUCGUGAUCAUUGUCGAAGCAUUGGAACUGAUCUUGUUAGUGUUCAUACUGAAAGGGAAACCAGUUUUCUGAUAAAUAAUUUUACACAGACGUUUCAGUGGAUAGGACUCAGCAAUUAUCAUAAUAAUGGGAAGUUUGUCUGGAGUGAUGGAACAAUUUUGAAUUAUACUGACUGGAUAAAAAACGAACCGAAUAACUUCAAUAAUAACGAGAACUGUAUACACCUUUUAAGUUUAUACCCUAAGAAGUGGAAUGACAACAACUGUUUUAUGUCAUUUAGAUUUAUUUGCAAAAUGCAAGUUUAUCCAAGAUGUGGGCCUGGUGUGUGGAUAUAUUACAAGGAUUAUUGUUAUUCAUUUAAUACAGUACUUGAAGUCGAUUUUACAGAAGCCCGUAGAUUUUGUCGGAACAAUGGUUCAGAUUUAGUUAUCAUUGGGUCCAAAGAGGAAUAUAAUUUCAUUAUAAGUCAAACUACUAAACAUCAAGGUGCUGAUUUUUGGAUUGGAUUACAGAAACACAGGAAUCAGACAUACAGCUGGAUAGAUGGCAGUCAUCCUACGUACCUGGCCUGGGGGAUAAAUGAACCCAAAGCAGAUAAUAAUUUAUGUGUCAAAUCAUCUAGCAUGUAUGGAAAUUGGUAUGGUGAUAGUUGCAGCAAUCAAAAUCUGGUUGUUUGCGAGAAACGCUUACUAGUCUAAAAACUGAACAUUUGUAAAAAGUUUUGAAAAUGAAAAAUAAAUUUCACUGAUUUA